CCAGCCGAAAUCUUCACGCAAGAGAAAACUGGAUAUGCCAAUUAAAGACCGAAAGACGAAGAAUCCUUCUUACUCUAGAGCUAGGUCAUCAUCUUCACCUAUUGCUCUGGAAGCAUCAUCACCUCAAAGAAUGGAUAAUAGUCGACCACUUAUUGCCCCUUCUCGGUCUAGUUACUCGGUUUCAGAUCUCCUUCCUCUUUUCGAGGAUAUGUGUAAUUCUCAAUUUAAAAUGAGAUUUAGCUUUGAGCAAGUAGAUUCUGGCCCUCAAUUUGCUUAUCUCGCAAAGCUUUUUCCAGAGACUAUGUCUAUCAGUGAUUGUACAGGAACUUCCCAACUCACCGUAGCGACCAAAACCCCAAUGGAUCAAUUUCGCACAUACUUGUACUCUUUUCUUGAAGAUAAAGAUGGGAAUAUGAUUCAAGAACUCUUUGAGGGAGAUAGGUAUGAAUUAACUGCCUUCGGUCGUAUUCGCAUUAAGAGUGUUGAAAUUCCUUCUCCUACCAAAUCUUUUGAUUGUUCUCUCAAUGGAAGUAGCGAGAGUGAAGAUGAGUUUUAUGACUACACCCCUCUUUUAGAUGGCACACCGACUAAGAUGAGUAAAUCGCCCUCAGCAAAUGUAGCUUUUUCUUCUCCUUCGAACGAGUCAUCCAAGCUAUUAGAGAAAGGCACUGCGCCUCAGACUUCCCCAGCUGCCUCACAUAUGCCAUUGGUUACCUUUAAGGGUAUUCUUAUUCAUUCCUUGUACCUCAUUUUAUUUCAUCAUGUAUAGAUACUCAAGGAACUCUUUUCUCUUUAGAUCAUGCCACAUUGCAAAAUCCAUGGUCGACUUGUGGGAAUCACAAUUUGUCUCAUCCACCUAAGUCUCCUCAAGCCGUACACCAAGGGAUACUUCAUUCAUCUAUAUAUAUAUAUAUUGUUUUUACCUUCGACGUUUUCAUUGAGUAUCUCCUUCUAUUUUCACAGAAAAUACUUCUGACACAUUGGAAGAGACAGGCGAAAUUACUUCUGAUACCUCGGAAGAGGCCCAAAUUC